UUUCAUGUAAAUUGUAAAAUUACAUUUUAAUGAAAUGUUUUGAAAUCCCUGAAAUGUUUUAAUGUCAUAUUAUGGGUAUUUUAUAUUUUAAGUAACAGCAACAUGUUAUUGUCCCUUCACAGGCAGAAAAACUAAUGCAGCAGAUUGGAGUGCUGAAACUAAAGCUUUCUGAAUACGAGAUGAACAUUGCAGCUUAUCUUGUGGAUCCAUUGACUAUGCAGAUUACGUGGCAUGAUAUUGCAGGUCUGGAUGAAGUCAUUACUGAACUGAGAGACACCGUUAUAUUUCCAAUUCAGAACAGAGAUCUGUUUAAAGAAUCCAGGCUUCUUCAGCCACCCAAAGGUGUGUUGUUGCAUGGGCCUCCAGGCUGUGGGAAAACUCUUAUAGCCAAAGCUACCGCCAAUGAGGCUGGAUUCCACUUCAUUAAUCUGCAGUCUUCCUCUCUCACUGACAAAUGGUAUGGAGAAUCCCAGAAACUAGCUGCAGCCGUGUUUUCACUGGCCAUCAAGUUACAACCUUCUGUUAUCUUCAUUGAUGAGAUUGAUUCCUUUUUGAGGAGUCGCUCAAGUUCCGAUCAUGAGGCCACCGCCAUGAUGCAGUUCAUGAGUUUAUGGGAUGGAUUGGAUACUGACUACAACAGCCAGGUCAUAAUAAUGGGAGCCACCAAUAGGCCACAAGAUCUUGCUUCUGCUAUACUCUGAAGGAUAUCAACAAAAUUCCACAUCUUUCAGCCUGCAAGUCCCCUGAAAUAAGCUCAAAAUAUCUUUGAUGGUUUAAAUUAAAGUUUCAGUUUUACUAUUAAAUCAUUUUACUAU